GGGGCCGGCGCGGCGGCGGCAAGAUGGCGGCGGCGGUAGCAGCCGCGGCGGCCGCGGCGGCCGCAGCUGCGUCGCUGCAGGUGCUAGAGAUGGAGAGCAUGGAGACCGCCGCCGCCGGCCCCGCCGGGCUGGCCGCCGAGGUCCGAGGCAGCAGCACGGUGGACUUCGGUCCGGGGCUGUCGGCCAUGGAGGCGGGCGGCGGCGACCCCGGCCCUGAGGCGGAGGACUUCGAGUGCAGCUCGCACUGCUCGGAGCUGUCGUGGCGUCAGAAUGAGCAGCGGCGCCAAGGCCUCUUCUGCGAUAUCACGCUGUGCUUCGGGGGCGCGGGCGGCCGCGAGUUCCGCGCGCACCGCUCCGUGCUGGCGGCCGCCACGGAGUACUUCACCCCGCUGCUCUCCGGCCAGUUCUCGGAGUCGCGCUCUGGGCGCGUGGAGAUGCGCAAGUGGAGCUCGGAGCCGGGCCCGGAGCCCGACACGGUGGAGGCGGUGAUCGAGUACAUGUACACCGGGCGCAUCCGCGUCAGCACCGGCAGCGUGCACGAGGUGCUGGAGCUGGCCGACAGGUUCCUGCUAACCCGUCUAAAAGAGUUCUGCGGCGAGUUUCUCAAGAAGAAACUGCACCUGUCCAACUGCGUGGCCGUCCACAGCCUGGCGCACAUGUACACCCUGAGCCAGCUGGCGCUGAAGGCUGCCGACAUGAUCCGCAGGAACUUCUGCAAGGUCAUCCAGGACGAGGAGUUCUACACGCUGCCUUUCCACCUCCUCCGGGACUGGCUGUCGGACCUGGAGAUCACCGUGGACUCUGAGGAGGUGCUCUUUGAGACCGUGCUCAAGUGGGUGCAGCGCAACGCGGAGGAGCGGGAGCGCUACUUUGAGGAGCUGUUCAAGCUGCUGCGGCUGUCGCAGAUGAAGCCCACCUACCUCACACGGCACGUCAAGCCAGAGCGGCUGGUGGCCAGCAACGAGGUCUGUGUGAAGCUGGUGGCCGACGCUGUGGAGCGGCAUGCGCUGCGGGCCGAGAACAUGCAGUCAGGUGCGCUGCAGCUGCCAGCUACGCCGCCGUCCCUGCUGCCGCGCUACGGGCAGAACAUGGAUGUGAUCAUGGUCAUCGGGGGUGUGUCAGAGGGCGGGGACUACCUGAGUGAGUGUGUGGGCUACUUUCUGGACGAGGACAGGUGGGUGAACCUGCCCCACAUCCACAACCACCUGGACGGGCAUGCUGUGGCAGUGACCGAGCCCUAUGUGUAUGUGGCGGGCUCCAUGGAGCCCGGCUUUGCCAAGACCGUGGAGCGCUACAACCCCAGUCUGAACACGUGGGAGCACGUGUGCAGCCUGAUGACCCGGAAACACUCCUUCGGGCUCACGGAGGUCAGGGGCAAGCUCUACAGCAUCGGUGGCCACGGCAACUUUAGCCCUGGCUUCAAGGAUGUGACUGUGUACAAUCCAGAGCUGGACAAGUGGCACAACCUGGAGUCUGCACCGAAGAUCCUACGUGAUGUCAAGGCGCUGGCCAUUGAAGACCGCUUUGUGUACCUCGCUGCACGCACACCCGUGGACCGCGAUGCAGAGGAUGGGCUAAAGGCUGUGAUCACCUGCUACGACACUGAGACACGACAGUGGCAGGACGUGGACUCGCUGCCACUCAUCGACAACUACUGCUGUUUCCAGAUGUCUGUGGCCAACUCCAACUUCUACCAGACGGCAUCCUGCUGCCCCAAGAGCUACGCGAUGGAGAACGCAGAGGCCUUGCGCAAGAUCUCCAGCCUGCCCUCUGACGAGAUCCUGGAGAGCCUGCCGCCUGAGGUCCUGAGCAUUGAGGGGGCCGCCGUGUGCUACCACCGGGAUGACGUCUUCAUCAUCGGGGGCUGGAAGAACAGCGACGACAUCGACAAGCAGUACCGCAAGGAGGCCUACCGCUACUGCGCCGAGAGGAAGCGCUGGCUGCUGCUGCCCCCCAUGCCCCAGCCCCGCUGCCGGGCAGCCGCCUGCCACACCCGCAUCCCCUACCGCUACCUGCAUGGCACACAGCGCUACCCCAUGCCCCAGAACCUCAUGUGGCAGAAGGACCGCAUCCGGCAGAUGCAGGAGAUCCACCGGCACGCGCUGAACAUGCGCCGGGCGCCCAGCUCCCAGAUCGAGUGCUGACUGCCCGGCAGGUACCAGCAGCCCCCUAAUGAAAAUGUGCCGCUCGCUUCCUGUCUACCCGGAUGGACUGGCUCUCGCUGUGGAGGGAAGGCUGUGUGCUUGGACUGAGGAGUGGGAAGCGGUGAAUAUGUGGUAAUUGUUGUUAACCUGCAACCUCUGUGGUCUUCAGUGCGUGUGCGUGUGCCUGUGUGCGUGUGCCUGUGUGCGUGUGCAGUACCUGAGGCAGCUCUUCCUGGGGACCAGCGGGAGAGGCAGCUGGUAAGCUGGCUGUUUUCUUCCAGUGAGUUAAAGUCCUCUGCCCUGGGGACUUGGGUUUCGAACAUGCUUUAUGCCCAACUUUAUUUGCACAUUUACUUUGGUAGCCUUUUCAUUUUUACACAACGGUUGGUUGAACAAGAUCAGGAUUUAUGCAUUAAGUCCUUCUCUGCAGGAGACAUGUGCAAUAUUGAGCCUGAAAUUUGAAGGAAAAAAGCACAAUACUUUAGCCAGAUGAUUUCAGAGUGCUCGCGUUGACACUGUCUAGACAAGCUGUCAGGUUGUGUAUGGAGGAGGUGACUGACAGAUUUGAACUGAGCGGUCUGUCACUCUUAGCAUUCUGUUGUUAAUAUUUCCACUUCUUUAAGCAGCUGACUACAGACGCCUUGCUAUGGCUCCAGGAUGGCAGUCGUUGGCCAGGAGAGCGGGCUGAGGGAGUUACGCGUGGGACAUGUGUCUCCCUGAGCGGAGCACCAGCGACAAUCACACUCUAUGCCUUUGGGCUUCAUUCUUCCUCCAGUGCAUACUGUAUAGAAUCAUUUCUUUUUUCAAAAUGAGAGGUAACAGUUUAGAGAAAUGUUGCUUAAAACCCUUUGCUCUGGCCCUUACUGCUACAGCAGUCCAGGUGACUAGUUCUGGCUCCUAAAAGAUGUAUCA